AUGGAUUCAUCGCCACGCAGUGCGCUGUUUCGUGAGAUUCACAAGAACACCUGGCUCAAGCGGAUCACCAGUGACGUGAAGAAGCUGACUGUUGGCACUAAAAGAUAUGAAAAAUUCUGGGUGGUAUUCUGCGUUCAUGACGACUUUGAUGCUCUCUUGGAAGGGUACGUGGAGCCCCGAAUGGCCCCAUCACACUCACCCGAGUGGACAGUCUCCCUCCAGCAGACACAGCACAUUUCACAUGCUCUAGUGCCGUUGGAGCAGGAGUACGAGUUCGUAAUCACCCUGAGUUCCGACGUUGUUCGCUUCAGUGCCUCAUCGUGGGAAAUUAUGCAAGAAUGGGUGGAUACUCUACGGUCAAAAUUGCGGGAGAUGAAGAUCCUCUCACCCAGAGAGAAUAUCUACAGCAAAUUACCCGAAAUUCGACCACCGCUCCUACCAACGAGAGAUCCAACAUCGCCAUUGCCAGCUCCACCACCUGUACCCGCAGCUCUGGUACCUGGAAUAGAAAGAAUCAAUCCUCCAGCAAUCACUGCAGUUCCCAGCACCAGCACUAGCACCAGCACCACAGUCACUACUGGACAAACUACACCCACCACAAGUGCAAUGUCCAAUACUCUCACACAGAAUCUCAUUGCUAUGCUAUCCAGUCCUAUUGCUAAUCUGCGACAGCAAUCAGAUGAUGGACAGGCUUCCGGGAGUACUUCACGGGCGUCAACUUCGACUUGUACGACUCAUAAUUUAACCAAUGGAUGUGCAAGUCCGGCUAAGAAAGCAACUUCAAAUUCCCAACAGAGCCUUGCAAAGACUUUCUCUGACAACGUAUUGGCCGAUCCCAAUACUUGUCCACCUUCUACAUCCAAUCAGGAUGGCCCAAUUGAAGGAUCAUCUCUUAAUGGGGUGACUGUUAGUGUUGAAGACAGAGAAUCUGGUGAGUUUACAUGAUUCAUUAAAAUUCAU